UACAUGAUGGCUGACCAGGACCCUGGGGGCAUUAGCCCCCUCCAACAAAUGGUGGCCUCAGGCGCUGGGGCUGUGGUCACCUCCCUCUUCAUGACUCCCCUGGACGUGGUAAAGGUCCGCUUGCAGUCUCAGCGCCCUUCAGUGACCCACGAGCUGAUGCCUCCCUCCAGACUCUGGAGCCUCUCCUACGCCAAAUUGCCCUCCUCUCUCCAACCCACAGGGAAGUGCCUCCUGUACUGCAAUGGUGUCCUGGAGCCCAUGUACCUGUGCCCUAAUGGUGCUCGCUGUGCCACCUGGUUUCAGGACCCCACUCGCUUCACUGGCACCAUGGUGAGGAGCAGCUGUGCCCUCAACUGGGUUUGUAGGCAUUCCCCAGGGAUUCACAUUUCUCAAGCAGCAGACCCAGGAAAGAACAGAUAAUGCAAAGCAUGUAGAGGCAGCUAGCUCAGUUUGGGAAAGGCUUCUCUGAGGAAGUAGUGCCUCCAUAGGUUUUGAAGGAUAAAUAGGAGUCUACCUGGGGUUGAAUGGGAAUUGCAUGUGUGGAGUCUUGAGGGGCCGUUGCCUCCCAGCAGGACCCAGGACUGUGGGC